AUGCAUCGACAUCCCGCGAGGGACCCCAUCAAGGCCACGCAACCCCAUCGCCAAUCCAACUCCCACUCCGCAUCGUCACUGGACCCUCAUCGCUAUCGUGACUUGGCGCUAGGCAUCUUUGCACUUGUGCUCGCAUUCCGCAUCGUCAAUGCAUUAACACUUAGGACCUUUUUCCAGCCAGACGAGUUCUUCCAAUCUCUCGAGCCAGCAUGGCAGCUUGUCUUUGGCCGAGAGAGUAAUGCCUGGAUCACAUGGGAAUGGAGAAACCAAUUGCGGUCCUCCCUACACCCUGACAUAUUCGCCGCUGUCUAUCUGGUGGCGGCAAAGCUAUCACAGUUAUGCGGCUUGAACCUCCCUAGUCAGGCCGAACUAUACAUCGCGGCGCCGAAGGUUACCCAAGCUGUGUUUGCAGCGCUGCUUGAUUUCCAUACCUGGAAGCUUGCAGAGCAGACGUAUGGUCGAGCAAGUCGCACCGCAUAUGCUACUCUCGCACUAUCUUUAUGCAGCCCGUGGCAAUGGUUCUGUUCUACCCGCACAUUGUCGAAUUGCCUCGAAACGACCUUGACGUCCAUUGCCGUCUGCCAUUGGCCCUGGCAAUGGCUCCAUCCACGUCCUACUGCAGAGCGUUCGCAGAAUGCAGUCCAGAGUAACAUCGGUUCCCUGUUACGGCUCUACUACGAGGCCUGGACCUUUCCGCCGCUACGGUUCCUGUACUUCAACAUUGCUCAGUCGCUCGCGGUCUUCUAUGGCAAGAAUAGACCCGACUACUACCUGACCGAAGGCUUACCGCUUCUGCUCACGACGGCGCUACCCUUCGCCCUCGUGGGGACAUGGAAGGCUCUACGUGGACAGAUCAGCUCAGAUGAGGAGCAGACGCACACCGACGGACGACAUGCUCUGGUGUCAAGCACUCCGGAAACGGAACAACAUGCUUCGACCUCACCGACCAAGAGCGAUUCGUCUUCUCCUGCGGCUGUUGUCAAACCAUCCACGGCCACGACAUCUUCUCCCAAGAGACCCAUUCUCCAAGUCCUGGCCUACACCUCCGUGACUCUGACACUCACCCUCAGCCUGAUCUCCCACAAAGAAGUCCGCUUCCUGUACCCCAUCCUCCCCUUCCUCCACGUCCUGGCCGCAGAGCCUCUGACCAACUUCUUCCUCUCCUCUGCUUCGUCCGCCACCACCACCUCCCCAUCCCCUCUCCUCACCCCGUCUCUCCCCCGUAAACUCCUCCUCCUGACCCUCCUAACCGCAAACCUCUCCCUCUCAUACUACACAUCGCAAGUCCACCAACGCGGCGUCAUCUCCGUCCUCACCUACCUCCGCACCUCCCACGAACACGCCCUCUCCCCCUCCCCCUCCCCCUCCCCCCAAUCCCCAUCAACGUCUCCAACAACAAGCGUAGCCUUCCUAACCCCCUGCCACUCCACCCCCUGGCGCUCGCACCUCAUCCACGCCUCCCUGACCGCCUGGGCCCUGACCUGCGAACCCCCUCUCUCCAUCCCGCCCGGCCCCCUCCGCUCCGCCUACCUCGACGAAGCCGACGUCUUCUACGCCGACCCCGCCGCCUGGCUCCGCGACAACAUGCAGCACGUGUCGCGCGUACGGGCGCGGCGCGGGUCCUCGCGCACGGCGGGCCACUGGGUGGGCGUCGAGGAUGCGGCGAGAAGGGGGGAGGGGACGAGGGAGUGGCCGAGCCGUCUUGUCUUCUUUGGGGGGUUGGAGGGGGUGUUGAGGGGGUUCAUUGAAGGGAAUGGCAUGGAGGAUGAGGGGGAGGAGGUGGAGGGAGGGAGGAAGGGGGCCGGGAGGGUUGGCUUCGUGGAAUUGAUCUUGGAUUUGUGGCAGUGA